AUGGAACACCGACUGCUAUGGUUGGGUUUACUACAUUGUGUGAUAGCAGCCUACACCUCCCCCAGCAACAUAACUUUGAUAAAGACGGACAAAACAAUUCACAAACCUGAAGAAACAGAUUUCGCAUCAAAGCCGGGAAGGACCGAGGAAAUAAAAAAUACAAACGUGGAGGUUGAUCCCGACUUUGCUUUAAAGGUCUCAAUUCGCAGAUCAAAGCAAAAACAUGGACAUUGUUCUAAAAGAAUCAUCAAUAUAUGUGCAAGUUAUAACGGAAGUAACGGAACCCAGAUGGCAGUGGUUAGAGUAAAAAUGCAAAUUGGUUGGAUCCCGGUUAUUUCCAAUGAUCUUAAAAAUACAACCGGUCUUCAAAAGUAUGAAGUCAACGGAGAUAUUGUCAACUUUUAUUUUAAAGACCUUCACGCAGAACGAAAAUGUUUUAACUUAGAUGUAGAGCAGAAAGUGAUAUUAGGGAACCCGAAACCAGCCUACGUGAAGAUAUUUGACGAUGAAACAGGUGAUACAGGUUUAUCAAUAACUAAAGAAUACGACAUUAGAACAACAUGCGGGACAAAGGAAGAGUUGCCUUUCCUUACGCCGGAGGAGUUUGAUCGUCGUUCAAGCAUGCAACCGGUCAUGCAGCUCCGAGUACCAAUGAAUCAUCCAAGUUUUGCACCAAAGCCGGCAACCAUGAAAAUCGUAAAGCCAAAAGUUAAGGCUGAUCCGGACUUUACUUUAAAGGUCUCCAUCAUCAGAUCGAAGCAAAAACAUGGCCAUUGUUCCAAGAGAACCAUCAAUAUAUGUGCAAGUUAUAACGGAAGUAGUGUUCGAAACAACAUGACUAUAGUUGAAGUCAAAAUGCAGACUGGUUGGAUCCCGAAAAUAUCCGAUGAUCUUAAAAAAAGAACGGGUCUUCAAAAAUAUGAACUCACCGGAGAUAUUGUCAACUUUUAUUUUGAAGACCUUGAUGCAGAACAGAAGUGUUUUAACUUAGAUGUAGAGCAGAAAAAUAAAUUAUGGAAUCCUAAACCAGCCUACGUGAAGAUAUAUGACUACUAUGAUACAGAUUCAUCAGUAACUAGAGAAUACGACAUAAAGACAACAUGUGGGACAAAGGAAGAGUUGCCUUUCCUGACGCCAGAGGAGUAUGAUCGUUUGCCACCAAUCAUGCAGGCCCGAGUACCACUCAACCAUCCAGACUUAGCACCAAUUCCGGACGGGACUGGAAAAUAGGAAAAUGUCUAAAGUUUAUAUUAAAGAUUUUUGUUCCUGGUUGGUUCUUUAAAUCAGUACUUUUGUUGAUUCGCAUGUCAGAUCAGAAUGCGAAUAAAGAGUUGCACGGGAGGACUAAAUGCACUGUUUGACAAUAUUUAGAAUUACAAUACAUAUGUGUACAUGUAUAUUUUUUGUAAAAAACAACAACUAUGACGAACAAACAUCUUUUUUAUCCAACAUUGGAAUAGUUUCUGUGUUGUUUGCUCGUAAUCAAUAGUCUUCGAAGGCUUUGAAUUCUCUCUCUUGUGUAAUUUGGUCGCUACCUUUAAUUCUAUAUUAAAUGCUACGUAAUUUGUGCUUCUUUUGAUAAUCUAUAUUGCAUGAAAAUGUAUUUUGCUGUAUAAUUAAAUCAAUUACCAUUUAAUUACAAUUAAGUCUCAUAUGGGGAUUGUAUGCAUAUAUUUUAUUUUUUUAUAUUG